GUCGUCUAAAUAGCAUCUACACAUUUCCAGAAAAUCAACAUGGCCUCUCAGUUCAGUGGAGCACUUCAGUUAACUGACUUAGAUGAUUUCAUUACACCAUCACAGGAAUGCAUAAAACCGGUCAAAGUAGAAAGAAAAGUAGGGAAAGUUGGGAAAAUACAGAUAGGUGAUGACGGAAGUUACUCAUCAAUCACUGAUGAUGGUGUAGAAACGAAACUAGAGAAAGCAAAGAUAACUCUCAAUGACUGUCUGGCCUGCAGUGGCUGUAUCACUUCUGCAGAGAGUGUUCUCAUUACACAACAGAGCCAAGAAGAGCUGUUCCGUAUACUUCAGCAGAACAACGCACUACAGCAACAGGGCAAUGUGGAAGAUGUGAAGACCAUUGUUGUAUCAGUGGCCCCCCAGGCCAGAGCGUCUCUGGCAGCUAGAUACAAACUUAAUAUGCAAGAAACUGCCCUAAAACUCACAGGUUUCUUCAAAGGCAUAGGUGUUCACCACGUGUUUGAUACAUCCUUCUCCCGGAACUUCAGCCUGAUUGAAACUUGCCAUGAGUUUAUAAGAAGGUACAAGGAAUCUGAACUGAACAAGAAGGCUAUCCCCAUGUUGGCAUCAGCAUGUCCUGGCUGGAUCUGUUAUGCUGAGAAGACACAUGGCUCAUACAUCCUCCCCUACAUCAGCUCCACAAAGUCACCACAACAGAUCAUGGGGUCGCUGGUCAAAGACCACUUUGCCUCUAUGCACAACUUGCACCCAGACAAGAUCUAUCAUGUGACAGUGAUGCCAUGUUUUGAUAAGAAGCUGGAGGCAUCCCGUGCUGACUUCUACAACGACAUGUACAAGACCCGCGACGUAGACUGCGUUAUCACGUCAGGAGAGGUGGAGAAGAUGCUGGAGAAGGAGGGAGUAGCACUGUCAGAUGUAGAAGGCCAGUCGAUCGAUACACUGCUCAGCAACAGCCUGGGAGAGGAUGAACUGGCAAGUCAUCCUGGAGGAGGUUCCGGGGGAUAUCUGGAGAUGGUUGUGAGGCAUGCGGCCCGGGAACUAGGCAACCAGGAGCUCCAGCAAGUCGAGUACAAGGUGCUCAGGAAUCAGGACUUUCAGGAAGUAUUGUUACAGGUGCCCGACAAGCCCCCACUGAAGAUGGCCUUGGCGUAUGGCUUCAGGAACAUUCAGAAUAUUGUUCAGAAAGUAAAGAGAGGGAAAUGUCCCUAUGACUUUGUGGAGAUCAUGGCGUGUCCCUCAGGGUGCACUAAUGGUGGUGGACAGAUCAAACAGGAGGGUGACAGUGCCAAAGAAAGACUGAACAAAGUCAAUGAACUCUACAACUCGGAAAAGACUGUUGAUCCUUUCUGUGAGGAGAGUAUAAAUAAGCUGUACACAGAAUGGCUGGGUGGUAGUGACACUGAGAAAGCCAAACAGAUGCUGCAUACCAAAUAUCAUGAGGUGGAGAAAAUGACAAAUGCUUUAACAAUCAAAUGGUGAUGCAAAGCACGUUUUCCUUUAAGUCCUACCAUCAAAUUAUUGUGCGCAUAGUCUUUCAUUUAGAUAUGAGCAGUCAAUUGGGUACCCAAAUAGCUUUUCUAAAUGGUUGUUGCAAUGAUGCCCAAACUUAUGGGUAGAGGUUGUGAAGUUGAUCCUUGUUGUCUGAACAUUAGGCUUCGGUUGCAUGAGAUGACUUGCAGCAAUCACUCACUCACUCACUCUACCAUGUCUACACACACUUGUUAUUUAUCAAAGUUAUUGAUAUUUAUUGAAGAUUAUGAAGUAUUCCAUUGAGAAAAUAUAAUUUUUACUCCGAUAA